AUGGAUACUAAGUGUAUGGACGUUAUCGAGAAUGAAGAUGAAGGGUUAGAAAGAUCUGAAUUACUGCUCAAUACAACGGAAGAGAAGGGAAGGGAUACUGAAAGCAAUGAGAGGAGCGAUGUAGAAUCAGUUUGGUCUGAAUUCCCUGACCAUUUAGUGGAGGAGAUAUUUUCGAACCUACUGUUCGAAUUCACUCUUCCAUUUCGUAUUGUUUGUAAACAAUGGAAUAAGCUCUUAUCCUCUAACAUAUUUCUAUCUUCAUUGGCAGAGAGCGAUCCAUGGAUUCUUCUAUGCAGCUCAACGCAUUGCAUGGCAUACUGUUUUCUAAAUCAGUGUUGGAAGACUCUUUCCCUUAGUUUCUUGCCAAACCGAACAACAAAAAGUUUCUCAUUAGGCAAUACAAGAUUUUGUAGUUCAGGUGCAGGCCUACUGCUAAUCGAAUUCGGAUGGCCUCGGAAAUAUAUGAUCUGUAAUCCAAUUACAAGGACCUACAGAUAUAAUCCCCCCGUCAUAUCACAGAGUGCAACUUUAUCGGCAAUAAUGGACAACGGGGAGUCCUACAAAAUUGCGGGUGUGACACAUGAAAGAAACCCCGGUUCCCUACAAAUUUACCAUUGUUCUAAAGCGUCAUGCCAGAUUGAACUUGAGUUGCCACUCGAGCCAAGAGAUUUUCCUGUUUCUCAUAUUUGUUGUGCCAAGGGUCUUCUCAUAGGUGGGUAUAGAAAUACAAAGCUCUUUGUCUACAGCUUACAGGGGAAGGGCUGGAGUCGGAUCAGAGUUCCUGAUUCUGACAGAUUUAGAAGGUAUAACACAAAUUUUGAGUUUCAACCUAAGCCAGGCAUGAAGAUAUAG